AUGAAAUUGAUUAUUAAUCUUAUUCAAUUAUUAUUACUACUCAACACUGCAAUACUCACUAGUAGUUUAUUCUUUACAAAGACAAAGAAAGAUAACAAGUAUCAUUUAAUUGCUGCCAAAUAUCAUCCUGAAAUGCCUAUGAACAUACGUAAAAUUUUAGAAGAAGUUGGUGAUAAUCCUGUAAUCAAAAUUCAACUUGGUCGGACACCAGUUGAAGCUAUUUUAAUUUUAUUUUUAAAUAUUGUUAGUUUAUGGAAAUUCAAUAAUAAACAACUUGAACUUGGCUAUGAUGAAAUCUAUCAUAAUUAUCUACUUAUUACUAUUCAGAAUGACAAAAGUCCUAAAGUAUUACAACAAAUUUUUGGAAGUGAAAAAAAUACUCUGGGUAGUAUUGUUUAUAAACUUGAAAAAGCUCAUCGUGUUCGUCUUCUAAAACCCGUCUUUCCUACUGAAUUUGUUGAUAUUUAUGAUAUUCCACUUACAUCAAAUAAAACAUUUACAUUAAAUCGAUUGAUAACUACAGCAUCAAAUAUAGAUAAACAUUUUUAUACAUAUGAUGCUGGUAAUAAUAAUAUGUGUCAAACAUUUGUAGAAAAUAUUGUUGAUCUUAAUGGUUUAACAUCAAAUAUAAUUGAUAAUUCAACACAAAUAGCUCUUAAACCACAAGAUGCAAAAGCACUUGUUGCUACACUUGGUAGUCGAAGUGAUAUUGUUAAAUAUAUUACAGAUUUAGGUGGUAAAAUAGAUAAAUUAGUAUUUGAUCAUAAAAUUAAAUGGAAAAAACCAAUAAAUAAAGAAUUUAUUUUAUUUGGUGAUAUGCAUAUUGAAACAGUAGAUGAAACUGUACAUAACAAUACAAAUGAAGUGCUAUUAAAGAGCAAUGCUGAUACUAUUGUGGAAAAUGUUGAUGAUGUAUUUAAUGCGGUUGUUGCACUCGAGGAAGAUGAUAAGAAAAAAAAACAGAAACAAUCAAUUAUUAUAGUUAUUGGUAUAGUAAUACUUAUCUUAAUGAUUAGUCUUGCUGCUAUGUUCACUUACUUUAUAUGGAAAAAAAGAAAAGAUCAACUAAUAAAAAAAGAAUCAGUCAAUAAUGCUAUUAUUGAAAGUAAAAGUGAUUCAAGUUUGAGUACAAAUAUGAAUACGAUUGCCAAUUAA